UACAGUUGUUUAUAUUUUGAUUGUGCAAUUUAUGGAAAUUGUAUGAGUUUGUUUAUCCCCCAUCAAAAAGUUCUCCGCUUCGUGGAGCGAUUAUUGUUUAUAUGCUUAAAUUAUUUCCCAGUUUACCAUUUUUUCACGGAAUAAUACUGAAUUACGCGAAAACUGCGACAGGAUGCCACCGAAGCGGAAGACUACCACAACGGACGAAGAAGAUGACGAAUAUCGUAAGAAACGCGAUCGUAAUAAUCAAGCGGUCAAGCGAAGCAGGGUGAAAUCCAAACAGCGCACGGAGGAAACUCAGCAAAAAGUGAACGAAUUGCGGGUCAAAAACGAAGUGUUGGAAGAUAAGAUUAAGAAUCAAACCAAGGAAUUGAAAUUCCUUAAGGAGCUAUUUUUGACUCAGGCACAAGCGAAGUCUGAUAAGCUAGUGGGUGUUAACUUGGCGGAACUGCUGAAGAGCUCCGACGAGGAGGAGCCGGAAUCGGAUGAGGGAAGCAUGGAUAGUAAGAAAAAGAAGAAGAAGCAACGGAGUGACAGCGGCAAAACUGGAACCAGUAAAACAUAAGUUUUGAUCAAAUCAGAAUUAUUCUAAGAUAAAACUUGUUAUAUAUUGUUUCAACACUUAAUAUGUUUAAGGUAGUCUUAAGGUCACCUACUGUAUGUUAAUAUGGAGGAUU